UGUGAGCGGCCUAUCUUCCUGACGUCAUCUACCCGUUCGCACUAGCUAGCGAUCCUAAUCCUUUACAUUUCCGCGACGGCGCUUGGGCGUGGCAAAGCGCAACCACUGUGUGGCAAGCUACAUCGGAAAGAACUGGUGAAGCCGUGUUUCGGAAGCGACGGUCCCGACUGCCUGUGUUCGAAGUCCUGGCUUUCCCGUGGUGUCAAGACUUCGGGAGUUUCUUCCAGCAAUAGCUUUUUUACGAAUUUCAAAUUGCUGGCGAGGCAAGAAUGAAUUCAAUGGCAGCUCACGUGAAGAGUGCAAACUCGGCGCUACUCAGCAAGUUGGCGCAUUGCGUAAGGAUGCCAGCCAAACGCGCCGGUUCCUCGAAGGUGCCCGUUUUGGAAGCUCCAACGGCACUCAAGGACAAAAUCAAGGAGACCGACGCCGGGAUGUCUCCUCGCUUCCAGGCCGACCAGUACGCCCUCAACAAUAGGCUUCAAAGGAAGGACAGCAAUUUCGUGCUGGACUUCUGCCAGCCAACAUUCCUGCAGGAGUGCCACGAGAAAAUGCAGUUUCUCGACGUCGGCUGCGGCACCGGGGAUUUCACUCGCGAGUGCUUGCUGCCCCGCUGCCUGCCCUGUCGGAGGAUCGUGGGCACGGAUUGGUCUCUGGACAUGAUAAAGUACGCCAAGCGACACUCGGACCACGCGAAGAUCCACUACCAGCAACUCGAUAUCUCCGCAGACGUUACCAACUUCCUGGAUAUCAACGGCCCGUUCCACAGGAUCUACUCCUUCUAUUGCCUGCACUGGGUCAAGAACCAGGACGCCGCGCUGAAGAACAUUGCCAGGCUCUUGAAGCCCGAAGGAGAGUGCCUGCUGCUCUUUCCGGCGUCCAACCCGGCUACCGCGGGCUGGAAAUUGCUCGCCAAGAUGGACCGCUGGGCAAAGUAUUCGGAGAAACUCCUGGCGUACAUCGCUCCCUGCGAAGACAUGGUGGAAAAACAAGAGCAGAUUGAUUACAUGCGCUCUCUGCUGGACGACGCGGGACUUACGCCCAGUAUCUUCGUUAUACCGAGGAUGGCGACCUUCGAUGGAUGGUCCGAGAAGGACAUAAUCGGACUUCAUAUGAGUAUCCUUCCGAUCAGGCAGCUGGUUUCUGACGACGAGCUGGAUCAGCUGCGCGCUGACGUCACAGCAAUCGUGCGAGAACUUCAUGGCCCCCAGACGGACUCAUCAUGCUUUCGCAUGUACACCAUCAAAGCCUCGAAGUCGAAGAGCUAGAACGUUGAAUGUUGUAAACCUAAAUAGAGGGGGGUUGCACCGCUACUGCUACGAAGAUGUGCACGCAUUUGACAAUCCUUUUACACUUUUGCCUUUAAUAGCAUGGUUUUAAUAAAGCAUACAUUUAUUGCGGCA